UAACAUGCAUGUGAAAUGUCACUUACAGGUGCUGACCUUAAAGAAAGAGCAAAAAUGCAUUCAAGCGAAGUUGGUUCUUUUGUCUCAAAAGCAAGAGCAACUAUUAAUGAGAUGGCUAAUCUUCCAGUACCAACUAUUGCUGCAAUUGAUGGAACUGCGUUGGGUGGUGGCCUGGAACUUGCUUUAGCCUGUGACAUAAGAGUGGCAGCCUCUUCUGCUAAGAUGGGCCUAGUCGAAACGAAAUUAGCAAUCAUUCCAGGUGCAGGUAUGAAAUCUUAGCUAUUGUUACCAUGUAGAAUUAAUCAACA